UCGGAAUUUACAAGGUGCUGAGGUCAACAUUCGUGUCACCACGAUGGACGCGGAGCUGGAGUUCGCCGUCCAAGCCAGCAUCACCGGCAAACAUCUUUUUGACCAGGUGAUCAGGACUAUUGGUUUGCGUGAAUUGUGGUACUUUGGGCUCCAGUUUGUGGACAGCAAAGGAUACCUCACCUGGCUGAACCUUGAUAAAAAGUUAUCAUCACAGGACGUCAAGAAAGAGAAUCCGCUGCAGUUCAAGUUCCGCGCCAAGUUCUUCCCAGAGGACGUGUCCAACGAGCUCAUCCAGGACAUCACCCAGAGGCUGUUCUACCUGCAGGUGAAGGAGGCCAUCCUGAGCGACGAAAUUUACUGCCCCCCAGAGACUGCCGUUCUUCUGGCCUCCUAUGCUGUCCAGGCCAAGCACGGUGACUUUGACAAGGACGUCCACCACUCUGGAUACCUAGUGUCAGAGUUGCUGCUGCCCCAGCGGGUCCUGGAUCAGCACAAGCUGUCCAAGGAGCAGUGGGAGGAGCGCAUCCAGGUGUGGCACAAGGAGCACAGGGGGAUGCUGAAGGAAGAUGCCAUGCUCGAGUACUUGAAGAUUGCACAGGACCUAGAGAUGUAUGGAGUCAACUUCUUUGAGAUCAAAAACAAAAAAGGGACAGAUCUGUGGCUGGGAGUGGAUGCCCUGGGCCUCAACAUCUAUGAGAAGGAAGACAAACUGACUCCAAAGAUUGGAUUUCCAUGGAGUGAAAUUAGGAACAUUUCAUUUAACGACAAGAAGUUUAUUAUCAAACCCAUCGACAAGAAAGCUCCAGACUUUGUGUUCUAUGCCCCACGCCUGCUCAUCAACAAACGCAUUCUGCAACUGUGCAUGGGCAACCAUGAGCUGUACAUGCGCCGCCGCAAGCCGGAGACCAUCGAGGUGCAGCAGAUGAAGGCACAGGCUCGUGAGGAGAAGCACCAGAAGCAGAUGGAAAGAGCCCAGCUGGAGAAUGAGAAGAAGAAACGGGAGGCCAUCGAAAAGGAGAAGGAACAGAUGGAGAAAGAGAAGCAGGAUCUGAUGAUGAGGCUCUCCCAGUUUGAGGAGAAGACGAAGAAAGCGGAACAAGACCUGCAGGAGCAGAUGGAGCGUGCCAUGAAGCUGGAACUGGAGCGCAGGAGGGUGGAAGAAGAGGCUGCGCGGCUGGAGGCGGAGCGGCAGGCAGCCCUGCUGGCCAAGGAGGAGCUCGCCAGGCAGGCCGAGGAUCAGAUGAAAACCCAGGAGCAGCUGGCUGCAGAGCUUGCUGAGUACACAGCGAAGAUAAAUCUCCUGGAGGAGGCGAAAAGAUCCAAGGAGGAGGAAGCCAUCUCGUGGCAGACAAGGGCCAUGGAGGCCCAAGAUGACUUGGCCAAGACAAAGGAGGAGUUGCAAAUGGUGAUGAUAGCGCCACCGGCCCCCGUUGCCGAGCACGUAGACGACAGUGAGGAGCACAGCAGCACCUACAGUGCCGAGCUGCAGAACGAGAGCAUCAGCGAUGACCGCAAUGAGGAGGAGCGAAUCACAGAAGCAGAGAAGAACGAACGCGUGCAGAUGCAGCUGAAGGCUCUGAGCUCGGAGCUGGCCGUUGCCCGAGAUGAAGCUAAGAGCACCCAGAAUGACUUACUCCACAAGGAGAACAUGCGCGUUGGACGCGACAAAUACAAGACGCUGCGGCAGAUCCGUCAGGGCAACACCAAGCAGAGGAUUGACGAGUUUGAGGCCUUGUGAAGAGCCGUUCUGUGGCACGAGGACUGUGUACCACCCUCACAAACACAAUAUUACAAAGAACUUAUUAUUUCUUCCAGGGUACAUACAUACUCCACGUGGGAAAUAUUGCUGUAUUUCCUGGCGCCAAGACAUGCUUUGAUAACAUUUUUAGAUCUCAGUGCAACUUUUUAUUCUAAUUUCACUUUAAUAAGAUGAGACUGAAUAGACAAUAUACCCAAAAGAUGACACGAAACUUGAUUAUUAAUAUUAUGUUGCAGAAACAGCUCAGAACAAGGAGGA